AUGGCCGCUCCCUUUGAAGAUUCACCCUUACUGCAACCUACCAACAUCGUCCCCAUGGUCAUUGAAACAGGACCCAGGGGGGAGCGUGCGUUCGAUAUCUACUCGCUGUUGCUCCGCGAGCGCAUUAUCUACCUCGGCACUCCGAUUACUGACCAGGUGGCAAAUGUAAUUAUCGCCCAAUUGCUUUAUCUGGAACGGGAAGAUCACGAUCGGGAUAUCAGCCUGUACAUCAAUAGUCCGGGCGGUUACAUCGCUUCGGGGCUGGCCAUUCUCGAUACGAUGCGCCUGAUAAACUCGCAAGUAUCGACGAUUUGUGUCGGAACUGCCGCCAGCAUGGCCACGAUCCUGUUGUCAGGCGGGGCCAAAGGGAAACGGUAUUGCCUGCCCAACUCCACGAUACACAUGCAUCAACCCAACGUGGGGAGUUUCCAGGGUCAAGCCGCAGAUAUCGAAAUUCAGGCCAAGGAAAUCGUGCGCCUGAAAGAGCGUUUGAACGACAUCCUGGCUGUUGCUACCGGCCAACCUAUCGAGAAAAUUGCCGACGACACCGAUCGGGACUUUUUCCUUACUUCCGACGAAGCGAUUGAGUACGGUAUCGUGGAUGAAAUACUCGGGUUGAAAACCGAAGAGACCGAGGCCGAAGCAGCGUAG